GCUGCAAAACAGGGUCUCGUGGAUCAAUUAGCUAAUCUUCUCAAGCAAAAUGGCGCUUGUGUUGAAGAGAAGGAUGCUUGUGGGUGUACACCACUCAUUCUGGCUGCAAGAGAAGGACAUGUGGCCAUUGUGAAGUUGUUGCUUGAUAAUGGAGCUAAGAUCGAAGCGAGUGACCGGGCGGCCUAUACUUGUUUAAUGUCAGCUGCAGAAGAGGGCCAUUCAUCUGUAGUAAGUGUACUACUUGAUUGUGGUGCAGAU